GCUGUUUACGGGGAGCGUGUGUCAUUAAAAACACCAUAAGUUAUGCAUAAUGACAGCUGGGACAAGCAUCGAGAGGGAAGAUGAACGGCGCAGACUGGCAACAUGAAUGAACCUUCCUCGUACGUCCGGCAGAGUGAGGCCGACACUGGCACUUGUUGAACGUGUGACGGCGACUGAGGGGAAACAUGCGGACGUCUCUACGGGAAAACCUCGUUUCUGCUCUUGUUAAUAGUACUCUAAUACCCUUUAACCUGGUGGUGUGAUAUACCCGUCCUGUGGAGCCCCGGGAGGGCAGCGAUACUACCCCGUUCUUCAGCGUGGUGUCGGGACUAAACGAUUCAGGAGGAAAAAGAGAGAGAGUGUUGGGUGCACGCCCAAGAGGGGUUUGGCCUCCAUGUUUCCUGAAGGUUGCGUGUGAUGUGGGUGCGCGGGGGCAGCCUCGGGGGCGGUGUGUCAGGGGGCGGGGCGGUAGCCGUGCUGGGUGGGGGCGUUGUUGGGGGCGGUGGGCGGCCCAUGUGGAUCCCUUACUGCUCCACCGUCGACCAGCGCUGCGCCGCGGCCGCCCUCGAAUUCGCCGGCAAAGCUGACUGUCUCAAGUUUAUCCGGGAACUGAACCGCGAGACAUCCAGCUACCGUCACCUGGCUGUUGGCCUAGGAGGCAGUGGAGACUGUGACCAGCUGAGGGAGGAGCUGAAGAGGUCAAGACGUCGCGCUCAGGAUCUUGCUAGAGAGGCUAAGAACAAACUCAGUCCAUAUCUCCAGGAAGGGGACACAGUGAGACCAGAAGUUGCUCGACUAUGGCGCAUCCUGUUCUGUUGCAUUCGUGUUUUAGAACAGGAGAUGUUGCGUACACUAACGUUACAACACACGUUUGGGCUGCACCUUGGUCCCAUUGGUCUGAUCAACACCGGGGUCCAUGAAUAUGGCAGCAAUCACCGCUCAGCGCCCCCAGGAGACAGUAAUGAUCUCUCUCUCAGCGAUAGACUAGCCUUGGAGAGAGCUGAGGUUAACCAACUUCACAAGGAACUGAUAGACUUAAGAAACCUGAUUAACGUGAUGGAAAGCAGCCUAGACAUGAAGGCGUGGAUCAUGGACGAGCUGACAGAGAAGCAACUGCUGGCCGCCAUAAGUGAUGACUCAAACUCCUGCCAGGACAACAAUGACUCCGUCUGUUCUGAAGCAGAGUCUGUGGGUGAGGAGAGUGUCAACACAGUCAGAAGGCGCCGUUGUCUGUGUUGGAUGGUGACUGGUGUGGUGGUGGCGUUCUUGGCCUGUACACUCCUGGGAAUACUGAUGGCCUUCCUCACCUAACAUCAGCCCCGGCUACCUGGUCACACCUACUUACUCUUCCUUCUCUUCAUAAAAGCAAAAAAAAAAUAUGACAGUAUAAAGUUGUCAAUGAAAUAUAAGGCUAGCCAACCCUUAAAUUGAAUUCUAAUGUUAUUAAGGUUAAAUAUUGUCUAUAUAUUUUACCACGGGCAUAUAAAUUCUGAGACAUUUAUCUCAUAUAAAGGUUUUUCAUCAUUGGAAGCUAGUUUUCAUUUUAGUAUUUAUCAUUCAUCAUAAUUUUGAUGCCAUUAAUACUUUACAUAAAUUGUUUAGGUACUGUACCAGCAACAGAUGUUAGGGUAGAAAUGCAGGUUUGAGGGCAUGUCUUUUUAAGUUAUUCAUGUUUCUAUAAUAUUAAACAUGAGGGUGCUGCUUACUCUGUUUUAUUUCAAUAACUAGUAAGGGAGACAUAGAUCCUAUAUAGUUAUAUACGCUUGUUCAGCCUGACAUAGCCUCGGCUCAUUUAUGUUUUAAGAACAUGAAUUGGUUAAACAAAAUAGCAAAAUUUGCCCAUAAUACACAGACAUUUUUAAAAUAAAUAUUGUAAUAUAUUUUAUGUAUUAUCAAUUAUUAGUUUAAUAAUAUCUCGUGAUUAUUUGUAUUGACUGCGUACAUUUUUCUACUUCUAAUUCAACGUAACAAUGCUUAUUGCUGUUGAUAAAUGGCCAUUUGUUUAUGUAAUCCUUGAUUACGUUUUAACUUAAUAAACCUUACGUGUCCUAGGCAAA